CCUCCAUCCAGCCCCACUGAGAGGUGCAGGCCUCUCCCUCCUCCCUCUUCAGAAUGACUGUUGCCGCUGGCGACCCCUCUGACGAGGCCGCUGCGCGCCCAGGCCAGGACUACGACCCUGAGGCCGACCAUGAGUGCUGCGAGAGGGUGGUCAUCAACAUCUCCGGCCUGCGCUUCGAAACGCAGCUCAAAACCCUCUCCCAGUUCCCAGAGACCCUCCUGGGGGACCCCAAGAAGAGGAUGAGAUACUUCGACCCACUGAGAAACGAAUACUUUUUCGACAGGAACCGGCCCAGCUUCGACGCGAUACUCUACUACUACCAGUCGGGCGGCAGGCUACGACGACCCGUCAACGUCACGCUCGACAUCUUCUCCGAAGAAAUCCGCUUCUACGAGCUCGGGGAUGAGGCGAUCGAACUGUUCAGGGAGGACGAGGGGUUUGUCAAGGAAGAGGAACGCCCGCUGCCGGAUAACGAGUUCCAGAGACAGGUGUGGCUUCUGUUCGAAUACCCAGAGAGCUCCGGUCCGGCCAGGAUAAUAGCUAUCAUCUCCGUCAUGGUUAUCCUCAUAUCUAUCGUCAGCUUCUGCCUGGAGACCCUGCCCAUCUUCCGCAACGACGAGGACGAAGUGCAAAGGGUCUUGAUGCCCGACGGCAACUACACCAUGAUCUACACCUCCACCUACUUCACUGACCCGUUCUUCAUCCUGGAAACUCUCUGCAUCAUCUGGUUCUCCUUUGAGUUCCUGGUGCGGUUCUUUGCCUGCCCCAGCAAGGCAGGCUUUUUCGGGAAUAUCAUGAACAUUAUUGACAUUGUAGCUAUCAUCCCUUACUUCAUCACCCUGGGCACAGAAUUGGCAGAGAAGCCCGAAGAUGGCCCAGCGGGCCAGCAGGCCAUGUCGCUGGCCAUCCUUCGAGUCAUCCGUCUAGUGAGAGUCUUCCGCAUCUUCAAGCUCUCCCGCCACUCCAAGGGGCUUCAGAUUCUGGGUCAAACCCUGAAAGCCAGCAUGAGAGAGCUGGGCCUGCUCAUCUUCUUCCUCUUCAUAGGGGUGAUCCUGUUCUCAAGUGCGGUCUACUUCGCGGAGGCCGACGAACCAGAGUCCCAGUUUGAAAGCAUCCCGGACGCCUUCUGGUGGGCCGUGGUGUCCAUGACGACAGUGGGCUACGGCGACAUGGUUCCGACCACCAUCGGCGGCAAGAUCGUCGGCUCACUCUGCGCCAUCGCAGGCGUGCUGACCAUUGCUCUGCCCGUGCCCGUUAUAGUGUCCAACUUCAACUACUUCUACCACCGUGAGACGGAGGGAGAGGAGCAGGCCCAGUACCUGCAAGUCAACGUCCCCAAAGAGGACUCCAACGAGGAGCUCAAGAAGAGCCAGAGUGGCUCGACCAUGAGCAAGUCGGACUAUAUGGAGAUCCAGGAAGCUGUGAACAACAGCAACGAAGACUUGCAGGAGGAGAACCUCAAAACGGCCAACUGCACGUUGGCCAACACAAACUACGUCAACAUCACUAAGAUGCUCACAGACGUGUAGCGGCAUGUCUGCCCCCCGCCCCUUCCCCCUCAGGGUGAGAUGUGGGGUGGACAGAUCAGAUGGGAUAGGGGGAGGCCUUCAGCCUGCCUUCUCAGAUGUGCUGGCAUAUCAAGGCAAUAGAUUCAGGACGCACACGCCAAUAUAAGUGACGAGCUAAAACAAAGACCAUCUGCCGCUCCCCUCUUCAUCAUCUACCACACCUUGCCCUCAAACUCCUAGCACCUUGUCCUGAUCCUGUCAGACAGACUGCAAAUCCAAAUGUUUCAAUUAUCUGC